AUGUAUCCACUAUUCAGUCCAACCAAAGCAACUCGCAAGUCUUCCUCCGUCCGCAACUCAGCCCAAGCCCACGAAGCCCGUUCGGCCGUUCGCCCGUUCCCACUCCACUCAAACCAGUCCACGACCACCAGGACCACCACGCGCACGCGGUCCACCGUCCAGGGCAAGACGGCGCCGGGGCGCGGCGCGGGUGCAGGCGCCGACGCUGGCGCGAGCUUGGCCGAGGUGGCACCGGGGCGCAACGCGGGUGUAGGGGCUGGCGCGAGCCUAGCCGAGGCAGUGCCGGGGAGCAGCGCGGGUGUAGGCGCCAGCGCGAGCUUGGCCGAGGCGGUGCUGGGGAGCAGCACGGGUGCAGGCGCCGGCGCGAGCCUGGCCGAGGCGGUGCCGGGGAGCAGCGUGGGUGCAGACGCCGGUGCGAGCCUGGCCGAGGUGGCGCCGGGGCGCGUCGCCAGUGCAGGCGCAUGCGCGGGCACGAGCCAGACAGCAGCGGCGGCAAGUCAGAAGGGGAAUAUGAAGCUUAUCAAGAGAAAGACUAUUGAUUUGAGAACCAUGUGGAGUAAAGCUGCAAAGUCAAAAAAGACAUCAAUUGAAUCUCCCAGUUCCAUUCAAUUGCCUGUGGCUAACAAUGAUGAUGCAGUUCAUGAAGAGGCUGAAGCGAACGAAGCGGCUCAAGUGGAUGACAGUGAUGAUGGAAUUUAUGAUGUUGACUUGCUUCCGCGUGAUCCUGGGAAGAGGAUUCCAAUUGUAGAUUAUGAUAUCAAUGAUCAAGAUAGGGAUAAUAGUCGUGCUGGUGGAGAUGCUUUUGUGAAUGAGGGAUUUAAAAAUUGGAACCAUAAAGAGGUGUUUAGGAAACAUGUUGGUGAUAUUAAUAGUGCCCACAAUCAAGCUCAAGAGAAAUAUGAUUUCUUUGUGAAACCUAAAACAUCAAUUGAGCAGUCAUUUGCUUCAACAACUAAACAGUACAAGGUUCUUUACAUAGCUCGCUUGACAUGGUCACUUAGGUGCAUAAGGUUUCUCUUGAGACAAGGGUUGGCUUUUCGUGGGCAUGAUGAAAGUGAAGAUUCUAAAAAUAAAGAAAAUUUUCUUAAGCUUUUAAAUUUUCUAGCAAAUAAUUUUCAAGAAGUUAACAAGGUGGUUCUAAAGAAUGCUCCGAAAAAAAGUAAAAUAAUAGACCACAAGAUACAAAAUGAUCUUAUAAGCUCUUGUGCCAAGGAAACUACUAAGUUUAUUAUGGAGGAUCUUGGUAAUGAACAUUUUUCGAUACUUGCUGAUGAAUCUAGUGAUGUGUUCCUAAAUGAACAAUUGGCUCUUUACUUGCGUUAUGUUGAUAAAAAGGGAAAGUCAGUUGAGAGAUUUCUUGGUGUUGUCAAUGUUGAAGACACUACAUCUUCAACACUAAAAACUGCAAUUGAAAAUUUGCUUAUGGAUCAUCAGUUGAGCUUUUCUAUAGUCCAUGGUCAAGGAUACGAUGGAGCUAGUAACAUGAAAGGUCACAUUAAUGGUUUGAAGAAACUUAUAAUAGAUGAGUCUCCUUCUGCUUAUUAUAUUCACUGCUUUGCUCAUCAACUUCAAUUAACUCUUGUUGCUGUUGCUAAGGAGAGUGGUGAUUGUCAAUGGUUUUUUCAACAACUCUCAUAUUUAUUAAAUGUUCUUGGUAAUUCUUGUAAGAAGAUAAGAAUGCUUCGAGUGGUUCAAGCCGAGUCUAUCAUUGAAUCAUUGGAAUUGGUUGAACUUGAAAGCGGUCAGGGUUUGAAUCAAGAGAUGGGUUUGGGAAGACCAGGUGAUACAAGGUGGGGAUCUCACUAUAAAACUAUAUUGCAUAUUAUUGCUUUGUACCAACCAAUUCGAAAAGCUCUGAUCAAGAUUGGGGAAGACUAUAAUGGGACGGAGGCUAUAUCGGCUCAAACUAUGUUGACAUCAUUUGAGUCAUUCGAGUUCGUUUUUAUGUUACAUUUGAUGGAAGAAAUAUUUGGGUACACAGAUGACUUAGGUAAUGCUUUGCAAAAGAGGGAAAAAGAUAUUGUUAAUGCUAUUUCUCUUGUUUAUACCACAAAGGAACAAUUGCAGUUAUUGCGGGAAGAUGGUGGAUGGGAUACUUUCCUUCAAGGUGUCAUUUCUUUUUGUGUGAAGCAUAAGAUCAAAAUUGCUGAUAUGGAUGGUCACUACAAGCCGGUUGGAAGAUCUGCAAGGUUCUAUGGUAAAACUACGAAUAAACACCGCUUUCAUGUUGAUAUGUUUUUAGGUGUCAUUGAUAGGCAACUUCGAGAGCUUAAUGACCGGUUUGAUAAGGUGAACACAGAAUUACUUAUUUGCAUGGCAUCAUUCAAUCCUAUUGAUUCACUUGCUGCAUUUGAUAAGGAGAAUUUGGUUAAGCUUGCUCAAUUUUAUCCUAAGGAUUUCACAAAGGAUGAAAUGUUGAAACUUCCCAAUCAAUUAAGAAAUUAUAUCGCAGAUGUGCGAAUGGAUGAGAGGUUUAAAGAUGUGAAAACUCUUGCCGAUCUUUCUAUUAAGCUUGUUGAAACAAAGAAGAGCGGCACUUUUGAAGUUGUUUACAAGCUUCUCAAAUUGGUGCUAAUUCUUCCUGUAGCGACAGCUAGUGUUGAGAGAGUGUUUUCUUCAAUGACUUAUGUGAAGAAUAAGCUAAGGAAUAAAAUAGGGAGUCAAUACAUGAAUGAUUGUUUGGUCACUUUUAUUGAGCGGGACUUCUUUUUGCAAGUUGAGGAUGAUGUCAUCAUAGCCGCGUUUCAAAAGAUGAGGAACCGUAAAGUUGAAUUAGUGACAUGUGCAGCUUGUGACUUCCUACUCUAG